GGUUUGAUCGGAGCAAAGGGUGACCGAGGUCCUGUUGGGAGCCCUGGCCCUAAGGGUCAACCUGGACCAAGUGGUGAGCCCGGCCCUCCUGGAUCAGGCCUUCCAGGACUGGCUGGAGCUCUCGGGGCAAUUGGUCUUCCGGGUGAAAUUGGGGCAAAUGGGCCAAAGGGUGUCAUGGGACCACCUGGACCUCCAGGACUUCCUGGGCCUCCUGGCAAGCCUGGUCCUCCAGGGAAGUUCAUCGGUGGAGAGGAGGGGAGUGCAGACUUCCAGUGUCCUCUUAACUGUCCAGCAGGACCAAAAGGCCCUCAGGGACUACAGGGUGUCAAGGGACACAAAGGACGUGCAGGUGUUCUUGGAGAGCCUGGCAGCAUAGGAAAAACGGGCCUCAGGGGAGAAUUGGGCAUCUCUGGGGAACAAGGCAUCCCAGGACCUCCGGGUCCGACGGGUCUGAGGGGUUAUCCAGGAAUGAUGGGUCCUAAAGGAGAAGCAGGGCCUCGCGGUUACAAGGGCAUCAACGGACCUGUUGGAAUUCCCGGACCUCCUGGCGAGGAGGGACCUCAGGGACCACCCGGAGAGGCAGGAGACAAGGGAGACAAAGGCAACCGAGGUAUCCAGGGCCCACAGGGUGCGGUCGGCAAAAAGGGAGAGAAUGGUCUGCCGGGUAUUGAUGGAAAAGAUGGCACACCUGGUACUCCUGGAAUCAAGGGCGGCCCCGGUCAGGCUGGGAUGCCAGGUCCUCCCGGUCCUCAGGGAGCAGCGGGGUUGCCUGGCAGUCCUGGGGCUAAAGGUGGAGCUGGAGCUAAGGGUGAGCCUGGACCUCGAGGACAUGGUGGCAUGUCUGGUGCGCCUGGACCUCUGGGUGAGCCUGGUCUUCCUGGUGAGGCUGGUAUGGAAGGAGUACCUGGGCCUAAGGGCGACAGAGGCCAGCGGGGACCGGUUGGGCCACAGGGAGCAGUCGGCAAACCUGGGAGCAAAGGAGAGAGAGGACCCAUGGGAAUGCCAGGUGCACAGGGCCUUAGUGGAACCAAGGGAGACAAGGGCUUCCAAGGAAAAGGCGGCUCAAAGGGAGACGUUGGUGACCCCGGCGUUGAGGGACUGGCUGGUGAGAAAGGUGAAAAGGGUUUGUCUGGUGAACCUGGGCCCAAAGGACAGCAAGGAAUUAGGGGUGACUCUGGACACAACGGACCCACUGGAGAUCCUGGUAAACCAGGAGAUCAGGGACCACCAGGGCUUCCUGGUCCGAGGGGACUCAACGGCGAGCGAGGAGUACCUGGCAUGCCUGGUAUUCAGGGAUCAACUGGGCGUGAUGCAUCCGACCAGCAUAUAAUCGAAGUGGUGUUGAAGAUGUUGCAGGAGAGGCUAGCCGCAGUGGCGGUGAGUGCCAAGAGGGCUGUGCUGGGCGGCGCGGGUGUGAUGGGACCUCCUGGGCCUCCUGGACCUCCAGGUUCAUCUGGCCCUCAGGGGCCACAUGGCCUGCCUGGUACCCGGGGCAUCCCUGGCAUGAUUGGAGCACCUGGACAGAUUGGAAACACGGGGCUUAAAGGAAAGAGAGGAGCAAAGGGAGAGAGGGGAGAUCUAGGUAAACCUCACCCAGGACCACCAGGACCUCCUGGAAUACAAGGUCCUCCUGGUCUGGAUGGUGUGGCUCAGGAUGGCAGGCACGGUGAGAGAGGACCUCAGGGAUCAGCCGGAGAGGCAGGUCGCCCUGGUAAGGCAGGCGCGCAGGGUCUGCCGGGCUUCUGCGAGGCAGCAAUGUGUCUGGCCGCGUCAGCGUACACCUCCCCGAGACUACAGGAGGCGGGAACGAUCAAAGGACCCAAUGUUUAAGAGGCCUGUCUCUCCAUCAGCAACUCAAGACAUCACCCUGGAGAGAGGAGGAGGAAGAAGAGGAGGAGGAGAGAGAGAGAGAGAGAGAGAGAGAGACAGCUCCUCUCAUGUCGGACAACAUCAAGAACAAGGGGUGGGGGGACAAUAAUAGUGACUGGAUGUAUGGCGCCCCCUCCUGAAACUCCCAACCUUUAAGCUUUGACUGGCGGGACAUACUCUGAUCUUAAU